AUGGAUCAGAAAGCUGUCUGAUAACAACCUAUAACCGUGUGUGUGUGUUUAUUACCCUACCUCAGUACCCCUACCCCUCUGCAGAAUAAACAGGUAGACAGUGAAAGUGAAAGUCAGUCUCCAUUUUGUGUGGAGGGGAAAAUACACCAUUUCAGGAGUAAAAACACAGUUGUUUUAUGACUUGAUACCGUGACUAUUUCCUGUAAGUGAACUCUGUGCUGAUACAGGGUUUGAUUUAACACACCGAUGUUGGAGUGAAGUAAACGUGUGUCCUGCUGUAAUCUGGAGAAGGAGACAUGAACUCCAACAUGAGUGUGUCUGGAGAACAGGACUUAAAGAGAGACGAGAGAAUGAUGGAGGGAAAGAGAUCAGACUCACCAGAACCCAGCUGUGUGUCCAUGAAGAGUGACGCGUCAAUGGAUCUCCCAUUUACCUUCAGUGACGGAGCCAGUUCUCCUGAUGUGAGACCACAACAGAAGACAUCAAACCUCAGCAGAAAUCAGUUGGACUCCAUAUUCAAGGAGCUGGAACACAAAGUCAUCACUCUGAUAAAGAAUGAGCUGAAGAGGUUUAGGAAGCUCCUGAGUCCAGAUUACCCAGCAUGCACUGAGAGGGAGGUGCAGGAUGAGGAGGAUCUGCACAGUGUCAGAGACGGAGCGCUGAAGAUCACACUGCACGUCCUGAAGAUCAUGAACCACACAGAUCUCGCUAACACACUGCACAACAAGUCUGUGGCCUCUGUGUAUCAGACAAGUGGGAGGAAAGAUUCUUCCUGUGCAAGGUGCUGCUCUCACUUCUUUCAGCAUAGCUCCUGGUCUCAGAACAGGUUUAGUUCAUCGUUGCUGGUGUUGUGUAGAGGAUGUCAUAUUGUGAAAGUCACAACUAUCCCCGCUCAAGGUCUUGUGAAAUAGUUGACCUUGUUUGUGACUAUAUUCACCGUGAUGCUUUCAGCGGUUACUACAUUAGUGUCCUUAAUUUUUUACUAUUUAAAGAUUGUUUCAAAGUUUAUUACAGGCUCAAUGAAUGUUCUUCUCCUUCACUAGAAGAUAAAGGCCCGGUUUCACAGACAGGGUUUACAUUAAGCCAGGAUUAGGCCUUCGAUCAAUUAGGACAUUUCAGUAGCUUUUAUAAACGUGUCUUAGAAAAAUAUAUUUCUGGUGCACAUCCUGAGAUAAAACAAUGGCACUGACGUGUUUUAAGAUCCAUCCGUGCAAGUAGCUUUCAGUUAAAACAUCUCAGACAUACAUUUUAGUCUGGGACUAGGCUUAGGCCUUGUUUGUGAAACCAGGGGAAAAAGAAGAAGGGUGUGCUUUAUUAUGCUCUCUGCAGAAUAUGACAGAAGAAAUGUGACCCACACCUAUAGCUAUAAAAAGCAGGUAGAACUGCAGUUAGCCUCAAAUGUGUAGCUGGGCUGGAAAUUUAUUUUUGUAUGCAUGUAUAAUUUUUUUUAUAUUACAGAUGAACAAGCAAACAGAUUUAAAGGCUGUUGUGAAUGAUGGGUUACAGAAAUGUCUUCCUGUGUUUAUUAUUAUUUAAGUUAUAUAUUCUGAUUUGUAAGCAAGAUUAUGAAGUCUCCUUUUGCUAAUCAUUUUACAGCAUUAUUAAAAAGUCCAUGUACACAAUGUUUAUCCCGAGUGCCUUUUUGAUGUAUUUUAUUAUCCUGCACAAAGCAAAAACACAAUCUGAGUGUAGAUGCCCCUCGUAAAUAUUAAUAUAGUAAUAGUAAAUGGACAAGUGAAGGGGCAGCAAUUACCUUAGGCCCCGAGCUAGCAAGGGCCCCCAAAAUGCUGCAUAAACUUAUAGUUAAGAAAGUUUUAUUUUUACUUUUUGCUAAUUAAUUAUGUUUUUUCUAAAAAUGCCAUCAGAAUGCUUACUUCAUGAGUGGCGUAUUGGACUGGGUGUGGUGGUCCGCUCUGGGCCAGAAAGUCCAGAGCCACUUUUUGGCCCUGUACACGCCUGAUUAUUGCUGUUAAUGAUAAAUAACAUAAGCUGAAAUUUUAAAUAUUGAUGUUAAAACACUGAAAUGAGGGCCCCAUCCCUAUAUUUUGUCUAGGAUCCGACAAAUCACUAAAUCUGUCCUUGUGCUAGCCACUACACCACCACAUAGGACACAAGUUUUAUUUUAUAC